UAUUGUGGAUAGUUGCAAAACCCUUCUUCAACAUAAACCCCUCUUACUCCCUUCCCCCAACUCCAACUUCAACCUAUUUCCACAAUGAAAUCAAUUCUAAACCCAAAAUUCUCAUCUUUAUCUUCCAAUUUCCCCAAACUCUCAUCUUUCUCUCUCUUCUCACGCCCUUUCACCUCCUCUUUCAGCAACAACCAGUCUCGAUUUUCCAACCCCCUUCGCCUGAACCCUACAACAACAACAUCACCCUUCAUUGUUUCAUCCACUAACUCCUUUUCCAAGUCUCAAAGUCGAACCUUGCAAACCUCAGCAUCUACUUCCGGUGAUAUCCAUGUCAUUGUGGGCCCCAUGUUCGCCGGAAAAACAUCCUCUCUUAUCAGCCGCAUGCAGUCGGAGUCUGCCAAUGGAAGGUCAAGUCUUUCAGAAAAUACUCCGAAUUUGGAUAAGGUUUUGCAAGGUCUGUGUGUAUCUGGAAGGUUGGCAGAGGCAAUUAGGCUCUUGUAUCGGACUAGGUUGCCGGUGCAUCCGAGAACCUAUUCUUUGAUGCUGCAGGAAUGUAUAUUCUGGAAAGAUUAUAGAAGGGGCAAAAGAAUUCAUGCGCAUAUGAUUGUAGUUGGAUAUGUUCCCAAUGAAUAUUUGAAGACCAAAUUGUUGAUAUUAUAUGCCAAGUCAGGUUGUCUGGAAACUGCAAAGUUUCUAUUUAAUAACUUGGUGGAGAAGGACUUGUUUGCAUGGAAUGCAAUCAUAGCUGGCUAUGUUCAAAAGGGUCUUGAAGAAGAUGGGUUGGAAACAUUUUAUGGGAUGAGACAGGCUGGUUUGAGACCUGAUCAGUAUACCUUUGCAUCGGUUUUCAGAGCCUGUGCAGCUUUGGCGUUGUUAGAACCUGGGAGGCAAGUGCAUGGUGUGAUGUUGAAGUGUCAAAUUGGGGACAAUGUUGUAGUCAACAGUGCAUUAAUAGACAUGUAUUUUAAAUGCAGUUGUAUCUGCGAUGGACGACUUCUGUUUGAUAAAUGUUUGAGUAGAAAUACCAUUACUUGGACUACUUUGAUAUCUGGGUAUGGAAAGCACGGACGGGUCACAGAGGUUUUAGAUUCUUAUCAUAGAAUGAUAAAUGAAUCUUUUAGACCGAAUAGUGUUACUUUUCUUGCAGUUUUGGUUGCUUGUAGCCAUGGGGGUUUGAUUGAUGAAGGCCAUAAAUAUUUUCAAUCAAUGAUAAGAGACUAUGGAAUAGUGCCUCAAGCUAAACAUUAUGCAGCAACGGUUGACCUUUUAGGGCGUUCCGGGAAGUUAAAAGAGGCUUAUGAAUUUGUUCUGAAGUCACCUUGUAAAGAGCACUCGGUGAUAUGGGGUGCCUUGCUUGGGGCUUGUAAAAUUCACGGUGACUUGGAUUUGUUAAAAAUUGCAUCUAAGAAAUAUUUUGAAUUUGAACGUGUAAAUGCUGGAAAGUAUGUUGUAUUGGCAAAUGCUUAUGCCUUGUCUGGUUUGUGGGAUGAUGUUGAGGAUGUUAGGACAUCUUUGAGGGAAUCAGGGAUGACAAAGGAGCCUGGUUAUAGCAGGAUAGAGGUGCAAAAGGAGGUUUGUUUCUUCUUUAAAGCUGAUAAAUCUCACCAACAAGCUGAUGAGAUUUAUCAGGUAAUUAGAGAUAUUACCUCUAUAUUAAAGGAUGCAGGCUAUAUUCCUGGUUUAAGUAGAAAUUGAUAAAUGCAGCAGAAAAAAAGGGACAUAAAUUUCUGCUGCUUAAAAUUUUGGUUGAGAGAAUUUGCAAUCUCCUUGAUGAGUUAUACAUGAUUGCUUCUUUAGGGAUUCAAAUAUGUUCUUGUUUGCAAGGAAAGCUGCUGAAUUGUAUAUUUUGAUUUUGAAACUUUACACAUGGGACAUUGUGCUGAACUAGUAUAGUAUGCACAUUCUUCAACUACCUGGGAGUAAUGUUCCUUUGAUGCUGCCCAACAUUUUGUUAUUUGGGUUAGCCAUACACACUUAGCACGUUUCUGCACUUGACAAGCUAUUGGGUCAUAGGGUGAUAGCGGACUGAUAUUUUUCUCUUCGAGGGAAAGGGACCAAUGAAGAGAGUUUAUGAAAAGAUCUAGAGUGAGUAUACCAGACAGUUUGUUUAAUCAAUUUCUUUAAUUAUUCACGUUUGAAGGAAAUUCUAGGGAGUCCUUUCUAUUUUUGGGUUAGCAUCCAUUGUGAGAUGAUGUUAUUAAGAUUACUUUUUCUCCUGAAAAUCUUUGAUUUUUAAAUUAAUUUUAUUGUGAUAAGUUGCAGGAUCGGCAGGUUAAAUGACAAAUCAAUUUCAUAGAUUCAAAUAUGCAUGCAUGUCGGUGCUUGUUGACUUUCUAGAUGGUGUUUUACUUGCUUUUCUGAUUUUGUGAUGAUCUUGUCUUAUCUUUUCCAUUUGUAAGGGAAAAAUGAUUUAAUGUCUAUGAAAAUGACUCUAACUGUUCAAAAUUAUUUAUAAUCUAUAGUUCAUUAGAAAUAAUUUACUUUACUUUUGUACUUUCUUAACAUCUAAAACUCAUUUGAUUUUGAAAUACUGGAUGAUAAUACUCAUAAUGAUUUCAAGAUCUAUGUGGAUGUAUCUAUAUGGAUACAAUGCUUGUGUUGGAUGUGUAGGAAUUUUCCCUAAUUGUGGUUUAAGGAAAGCUGUGAGCUGGUUUGGCAAUAGCCUUAUCUUAUAUGUAUAUGAUUUAC